CUCCGCUGAAGACCAUAGGUUACCAUGCCAUUGCCAAAAUACAAUCCAGGCAGUAACGGAGUCAUGUCUGUGCCAAAGAAAGCAGGACGAAAAUCCAAAGCGGCUCCUGAAGAGGCAGCGCCGGUGUAUGAGCCGAACAUCCCAGAACCCACAACCAGGGCUGACUUAAUGAAAUACUGCAUCCCCCUCACCCUGGAUGACAAAACGGCACAGAAGCUGCUGUGGAUCUCUGAGGGCAACCAUAAAGUGUCUCGCAUGUCAGAGGAGGUGUGUCCGUACCCCAUGAGGCCGGAGAGAUACGAGCAUUCACCACAGGUGCUGUGCAAGGAGGGCCUGCUGGGGCAGCGAGGCUACUGGGAGGUGGACUUCGAGGGAUGGGUCGUGAUCGGGGCGGCCUACGAGAGCAUGCCCCGGAAGGAGGGACCCUGUGGGCUGGGGGAGAACGAGCAGUCCUGGGGAGCGGGCUGGGCCGGCUCCUGCUACCACGUCUGGCACAAAGGGGAGAACACAGAGGUGGAGCUGCCCUACUGCACCACCGUGAGCAUCUACCUGGACCAGCCCGCUGGCAUCAUCAAGUUCUUUGUCGUGGAAGGGGAGGCAGAAAAAGAGGUGCGACUGAUACACAAGUUCAAGACCACCUUCAAAGACAAGCUCCUGCCGUGUUUCUGGGUGGGCCAGAAUUCCUACUGCUGGAUCCGAAAACUAGAGGGACAGUAACGGGACAGUGGUUUGGAGAAACGGGUCGUGCAAGGAGGAAGAGACGUGGGUUAGGGGGGCAGGUUGAACGGAAGAUGCGUUUCACGUAUUUGCAGAACAGCGCUGGUUUGAGGAAGCAGAAUUUCGGCAGCGAAUGGAAUUCUCACAAGAUAAAAUGAGUUCAGUGUUACAGUGCUCCCUGUUGCAUGAGGGCAAUUUACAGUGCAAUUACUUGAUAUUAUGUUGAAGGGCAUGUCUUUUAUUAGUGCAAUCAGUGGUGUCUGUUACAGCAUUUGUUAGCCUUAAGAGUUCAAUUUAGAGCUUGUAUAGUUUUCUAUCAGAUUAAACCGUGUUAAUGUAUGACUAGUGAAUAAACAACUGUAACGACGAUGGGACUUCAGCUACU